AGAAUGUUGGAAAGCUGAAGAGGAAGCUGUCAAAGACAGACCUGGUUGUGCUGGUGUGUUUGAGUCCUCAGCAUUGGGCGUUCUAUCACGCAAAUGUGCAUGUGUAGGACUCCUCUUCUUCCACAGGUGUCUUCCACUGCGCCAUCUGCUGGUGGUUUAACAAACAGGUUGAGAUGUUUCGCAAUGCGAUCGGAAAGGCCUUAGGCUUUGUCGGCUACACAAUUCAGUAUGGUUGCAUCGCGCAUUGUGCAUUUGAGUACAUUGGAGAGUUUGUUGUGUGUUCGGGUCCAUCUAUGGAACCCACCAUCGUCAACCAUGAUGUUGUUUUCUCAGAGAGGAUGAGUCGGCAUCUUUUCAAAAUACAAAAAGGCGAUAUCGUAAUUGCACAAAGUCCCUUCGACCCCACUAUGAACGUGUGUAAGCGGGUUAUCGGCUUGGAAGGUGACAAAGUCUGCACUAAUGAGUCAAGUCUCUUCAAGACCCACACAUAUGUUCCAAAAGGGCACGUAUGGCUGGAAGGAGAUAACCUCAGGAAUUCCACUGACUCAAGGAGCUAUGGCCCAAUUCCGUACGCCCUAAUCCGAGGGCGUGUUUGCUUAAAGAUGACGGCGCAGAGGUGGGUAUCAUCCUCAUGCUGAGUGGACAAAAGCAGGAAGAGAUGAAGAUUGGAAGAAGCGGACAACAGACAGCUGUGCUGAGCUGUGCAGCGGCUCCGAGUGGCGCAGCAGCCUGUCAGCCCGGCACAGGCGCGUCUGCUGUGCUGCUCUGGAAAUAUGCUCCAGGUAACAUCUCCGUCUGAGGUCAUGGGCAUUUUUCAUCCCACCAUUGUUUAGUGGAAGAUUCUUGGUCACUCAUGAAGUCUAUUCUCAGUCACAUGUAUAUAUCAGUCUGUAUUUAAACUUUGUAUUUUUUAAGAGGUGUUUAACCUCAACGCCAGCUCUUGGUGUUCUACUCCGCCAAAGACAAAGUAUCGUGGGGCAGAUGGAAGGAGAAGCAACAGAAGUUUCUCAGAGACAUCUGACAGGCUGGAUCUGAGCUUUUGAAUCUCUGGUCCGUUUCAGGUUAAUUGAAUCCUCUAAAAGAGCCGAGACGUGUGACAGACGAGAGAGCGGUGGGCACGGGUAAAGACGGCGGGCGAGACGAGACGGCCGCGGUUAAUGGUGUUUGUUUUCCAAUCCCUGGUUGAGAAGGUGACCCAAAAGUAAACCUGGGUCAGAUGCUGCGGCACGGCGCUGAAGCGCUUGUCGAAAUGAAAUUCCUACGCAUUUUCUCAAGAGCAGCCGCAGCCUGUUUUCACAGUAAACUUUUGCCGCCUCUCAUCUACAUCCCUAUUGCUGUUAGCUGAUGAGGGAAUCGCUCCUUUCAUGGGCGGAUCCUUUCAUUCUCCCCUUUUUAAUCAAGCCUCUUAGUACUUUUUAAUUAAGACAUCACAGAGGCGUUUGAUCACUCUCACUGUUCCUGUGUGUGAGACUGAGCCGGGGUCCUCUCAAGGCUUCUCUGUCUGCGUGUGAAGAUGACUGAGCAGCUUCAAUUGAUGAAGAUACAGCGCGGGCCCGCGGCGCUGCUCUUCCAGCUUUGAGGAUUUCACUUCUCCUGAUCCUGCACACAUCAGCCCUCUGAGGUCCGGACUUGACAGAUGCUAAUGGAUGUGGAGCGACUGACUCUCUGGUGUGAUGAGACUCGCACGUCAAUAUUCACAAGCUAAUAAGCAGAGAGUGAAACAAAAUCAAGUAUGUUGUGUUUUAAUUAAACAAACGCGCACAUUUACUGGUUUUAUUUUCGGGAAAACUAUGUUUAUGAAAAUAGACAUUUAUGUUUUUCAAGAUGGCAAUGUGGCUCCUUGCUGUCUUUAAAUUUUAUUUACAAUUUACACACUUUAUUGACAUGAGUAAAUGCUCAUGAAUCGCUGGGGGUUACCACCUCCUCUUGUCACUAGUGCCCCCCAUUACAGAGUCCAUGAACUUUAUUGUCUCCCACAUCUUCAUGAUAGAUGUUCAGCUAGCGCGUUCGCUGUUGUCUUUCCACCCCAAAUUCAGCUGUACCCAGCUGCAGCACCGACUUUUUAAGGUCCACUAUCACAGAGCCAGAAGACAGCGAAUCUUAUACACCACACUUUUUUAGCAAAAUGAACAUGAGGGUCGGCGUCUGUCCGCCAUGGCGCCUCUGUUAUUGUCCAGCACGCAUCCACACUCUUCUCAAAUUCGGCGUCUAUUCCUGUCUGUAUAUUCGACUCUGUACGUUGCUUCCCCCUCCUCACUCCCUCAAUAGCUUGAUGCAUCUCUGGCUCUGCAGCUGCCACAUUUGUAGCGUGGUUCUGAAAAUGCGCUGUGCAGUGCCGGUCCAUACGGUCGAGUGAGAGGCGAUGUCCAUUAUCAAACACUAUGAUAUUUUAACUGACAAUUUUAACAAAUAUUACAACUACCGGUGGGACUUGAUAAAAAAAAUAGAGGUUUCUGAAUCAAUUAAUUGCGAUUAAUCGCGUAUUAAUAUUUGACACAUAAUUUGACACAAAAUUUCAGUUGAAUCGCCACAUGAGGGUAGAAGUGCUCCACAGAACCAUCAGUUUUUAGUGUUGUUUUUGAAUGAUAUUGUCUGUCCAGACAGCAAUCAGACCCGUUACUGCCCAGCAUUUAUCAUAUUUGUUUGGAGUCAUGCUGUACACGUAGUUUCUGGCAUCUAGAGCCGAGUCGCCCAAGGCGAGAAGCUCACCCCCUGUGGAGAGUUUCCCAAGACAAGGUGCAACUCUCCAGCCGGGAUCAAGUCCGCGGCCAAAACCCGACUAGUUUGUGUUCACGUCGGACUUUUGAGCAGAACACACUGUCUCGAGACAACGUGUCACUUCUUUUAUUCACAUUAAAGCCCUCAAAAUGCGCUGUUUUCGUCUCUGUGCCUGAAGUUCCGACACCACAGUCGGUCUCAGCGACUGCUUCUCAAUUCCAGACCUCCAGGAGUUCGACUCUGUUGCCGGAGCAGCGGACACACGGGCAAAAACAGUGCAUUUUGAGCUCUUCAAGGGUAAAUAAAAAGCCUCUGAUGUCAUCGCCUCUGAUUUCAGCCUGUAAAAAUUCAUAUAUUAGCCGCACUGUUGCAUAAGCCACCGGGCUCAGACCGUGAGAAAAAAGCAGCAGCUUAUGGUCUGGAAAUUACGGUAACUAUAACUGAACUGCGCAAGGAAGUCACUCUGCGUGCGCAGGGUCCCAGAUGGUGACCCAAAACAGCAGCAAUAUUUAAUGGUCUGCCCCGUUUUCAUCAUUUGCAGAAAAGGUGUCAAGUUAUUUUGCAAACUAACAAGCUGGGCAAAAGGAAAACCCUCCUUUAUCAUCUUUUAAAGUUGUCGACCUGGUUGCCUUCACAUCUGUUACACUUCCUGAAGUGAGACAAAACAGUUCGUGGAAGCUUAUAUAACAGUGAAUAUCCCACACUGUGGUGAAUGAUGACGCAGCGCUCAUUAAUACAUGAGUCAAAAGUCAACAAGAGUUGAGUCCUCUUCGUAACCUCUGUAUUCCCCAGGAUUCUCAGUGUUUCCUCCCUCGAGGCAAUC